AUGGCGCCUAAAGCACAAUUCACUUUAGAAGAGCUGACCAAAAUUGCCUUGGGCGCGCCAGAGAUGACCAUUACAAGUGUACAUGUUCUGCACAGCCUGGUCGAUGUGAUACUCAAAAAGCUUGGCUGCCAAGAUGAUACAGUUUCGAUUUGCGGCGUAGAAUCUGAUUGCCUAGCAGAAUUGUUAAAUAAAUCGAAGUCAACACCGAUAACCUUUGACGACAAGCAGCUGAUCGUAAUUGCACCGAAAUUGAAAGUUAUUGCCAAGCUAGAGAUGUCUGUGGACGAAAUAGAGGCCAAGUUCAAUGAACACAUAAAAGUCGCGAAAAAAUUCAGUCAGUUGCCACAAAUAAAAUUCAACAGCAAGGACUGGGAACAAUUCACAGCACAGGUGGAAAGUCAAUGCAUUCCAUGUGAAAAGGAAAGAGAGAUUACUUGCGCGCUAACUGGCGACAUUGACUUUCUCAUGAAGCUACAGCGGCGUUUAGCAGAGCCCAUGGUUUUGAAUCUAUUUGAAUUUGAGCAGGAGAUCGCCGCGCUCAAUGAUGAUAUGAAUGCAUUGAUUGAAAAUGCCGCAGCCAAUUUGGAUAAAUUGGCCACGAUUGAAGGAUGCCUGCUUGCGGUUGAUAAGCUACGCUCGGAAAUCGAAGAACAUAAUAACAGGUUUCUGCAUACAAUGGCGGAAGUGCAGGACAUCUUAGACUCCAAGCUAGAUAAAGUACAAAUCCAGGCACUGAAACAAUACGUUAUGCUCAGUUUGAACUACGUAGAAAGGCAUAUAAGAAAUAUACAAAAUAAGGCGGACUGUCCAAAGACACCAGGCAUUAUCACCAGCGGUGUACGUUGCUUGUCGUGCGGCGAUCGUCGAGUCUGCGUUGAGAAAGGUGUACAUGCGACAGGUAUUUUUCCAGAUGCACAUGCCUUCAAGCCCACACGCUUGCCGAGAGUAUGCAAAUGCACGAAAGAGCAGUCUCCUGUGAUUUUGAAUGCGAAUAUGGUGUCCAAAGUGAUUAGGUUGCGGCAUGCCGAACCCGAAUUGUUAACUACUAAUAUUGUUUCAAUAGAUGAUUGUAAGGCUACGUGUCUUGAGAGUUUAGAUGUCCUACAAGGCACCGAUGGUUUAACAUACCGCAAGGGUUAA